AGCGCACGAGGAGAGGCGGCACGGGCCGGAGCCGCGGAGGGAGGCGGCGGCGGCGGCCGCGGAGGAGGGGGCGGCCCCGCGGCCCCGCGUCCGCGUCACGUGGUGCGAGGCGGGCAGCCAUCUUGCUACAAACACAAACACAGAGGAGCGGCCGCCGCGGGAGCGCCAGCGUCCCCUCCCCCGCCGCCGCCGUCCCCGGCCCCAGCCCGCCGCGCGCCGCCCACGCCCCGGACCGGACCCUUGCGCCGCCCGCGACUGUGGCGUCCUGGAGUUGAUGGGAGCUGCAGCACCAAGCCGGGCCAGCCUCCCUCUCAGCCAGUGACAACAGCUCUGCAGCGCCUGGACCCCGCCUACCCGCCUGAGUCCUCUGCCCGGGGCCCCAGGGAUGCGCCUCAUCCUGAGAGUCCCCUCCAUCGUCCCUUAGAGGAACAGGCUGCUGCUGCACCCCCACCAGCCUCCAUUGCCCUGACCUUAUUUCCACCUGAUGGUGCCAGAGGCUGCUUCCCAUCCGGGUCUUUCCCAGAUGUGAAGGUCGCUCCCAGGCUCUACUGAGGCCAGACCAAUUCCCAGUGGCUUGGGGACCCUCGUUCACUCCAGCACCAGCCCCUGCCCUCCUGCUUCCUGGGCCAGGCUGCCAGGUCUUUCACCGUCUGGACUCAUCUCUGGGUAACUCAUGGUGUGAGUGGCCACGUGGCUGGCUUAGGUGUUUAGAGAGUGAACGCCAGGUCCCUUCCUCCCCACCCCCGGCCUCUCAGAAACACGCCCAGCCCCACGAUGGCAGCAGAGACACUCAACUUUGGGCCUGAGUGGCUCAGGGCCCUGUCUGGGGGCGGCAGCGUGGCCUCCCCACCCCCGUCCCCUGCCAUGCCCAAAUACAAGUUGGCUGAUUACCGCUAUGGACGAGAGGAGAUGCUGGCCCUCUACGUCAAGGAGAACAAGGUCCCAGAAGAGCUGCAGGACAAGGAGUUUGCCGCGGUGCUGCAGGACGAGCCACUGCAACCCCUGGCCCUGGAGCCGCUGACUGAGGAGGAACAGAGAAACUUCUCCCUGUCAGUGAACAGUGUGGCUGUGCUGAGGCUGAUGGGGAAAGGGGCUGGCCCCCCCCUGACUGGCACCUCCCGAGGCAGGGGCAGCACGCGGAGCCGAGGCCGUGGCCGCGGUGACAGCUGCUUUUACCAAAGAAGCAUCGAAGAAGGCGAUGGGGCCUUUGGACGAAGCCCCCGGGAGAUCCAGCGCAGCCAGAGCUGGGAUGACAGAGGCGAGAGGCGGUUUGAGAAGUCAGCAAGGCGGGAUGGAGCACGAUGUGGGUUUGAGGAGGGAGGGGCUGGCCCAAGGAAGGAGCAUGCCCGCUCAGACAGCGAGAACUGGCGCUCCUUACGGGAGGAGCAGGAGGAGGAGGAGGAGGGCAGCUGGAGGCUUGGGGCAGGGCCCCGGCGAGAUGGCGACCGCUGGCGCUCCGCCAGCCCUGAUGGCGGUCCCCGCUCUGCUGGCUGGCGGGAACAUGGGGAACGGAGGCGCAAGUUUGAAUUUGAUUUGCGAGGGGAUCGAGGCGGGUGUGGUGAAGAGGAGGGGCGGGGAGGGGGAGGCAGCUCUCACCUGCGGCGGUGCCGAGUGCCUGACGGCUUUGAGGAGGACAAGGAUGGGCUCCCAGAGUGGUGCCUGGACGAUGAGGAUGAAGAAAUGGGCACCUUUGAUGCCUCUGGGGCCUUCUUGCCUCUCAAGGUAUCUGCGAGGAGGCAAGGGUGGGAACCUGCCCUGCUGGGGUCCUCUUCCUCCCCACCCACCCAGCUGUUCUCUGCCCCCCACCCCCACCCCAUGCAGAAGGGCCCCAAGGAGCCCAUUCCUGAGGAGCAGGAGCUGGACUUCCAAGGGCUGGAGGAGGAGGAGGAGCCUUCCGAAGGGCUAGAGGAAGAAGGGCCUGAGGCGGGUGGGAAGGAGCUAACCCCACUGCCUCCGCAGGAAGAGAAGUCCAGCUCCCCGUCCCCACUACCCACCCUGGGCCCACUCUGGGGGACAAACGGGGAUGGGGACGAAGCUGCAGAGAAAGAGCCCCCAGUGGCUGAAGAUGAUAUUCGGGGGAUCCAGCUGAGUCCCGGGGUGGGCUCCCCUGCUGGCCCACCCGGAGAUCUGGAGGAUGAUGAAGGCUUAAAGCACCUGCAGCAGGAGGCGGAGAAGCUGGUGGCCUCCCUGCAGGACAGCUCCUUAGAGGAGGAGCAGUUCACGGCUGCCAUGCAGACCCAGGGCCUGCGCCACUCUGCAGCCGCCACUGCCCUCCCACUCAGCCAUGGAGCUGCCCGGAAGUGGUUCUACAAGGAUCCGCAGGGCGAGAUCCAAGGCCCCUUCACGACACAGGAGAUGGCAGAGUGGUUCCAGGCUGGCUACUUCUCCAUGUCGCUGCUGGUGAAGCGGGGCUGUGAUGAGGGCUUCCAGCCGCUAGGCGAGGUGAUCAAGAUGUGGGGCCGUGUGCCCUUUGCCCCAGGUCCCUCACCACCCCCACUGCUGGGAAACAUGGACCAGGAGCGGCUGAAGAAACAGCAGGAGCUGGCCGCAGCUGCCUUGUACCAGCAGCUGCAGCACCAGCAGUUUCUUCAGCUGGUCAGCAGCCGCCAGCUCCCACAAUGCGCGCUUCGAGAAAAGGCAGCUCUGGGGGACCUGACGCCACCGCCGCCGCAGCAGCAGCAGCAGCAGCAGCUCACGGCAUUCCUGCAGCAGCUCCAGGCGCUCAAACCCCCCAGAGGCGGGGACCAGAACCUGCUCCCGACGAUGAGCCGGUCCUUGUCGGUGCCGGAUUCGGGCCGCCUCUGGGACGUACAUACCUCAGCCUCAUCACAGUCAGGUGGUGAGGCCAGUCUUUGGGACAUACCAAUUAACUCUUCGACUCAGGGUCCAAUUCUAGAACAACUCCAGCUACAACAUAAAUUCCAGGAGCGCAGAGAAGUGGAGCUCAGGGCGAAGCGGGAAGAAGAGGAACGCAAGCGCCGGGAGGAGAAGCGCCGCCAGCAGCAGCAGGAGGAGCAGAAGCGGCGGCAAGAGGAGGAAGAGCUGUUUCGGCGCAAGCAGGUGCGGCAGCAGGAGCUGUUGCUGAAGUUGCUACAGCAGCAGCAGCAGGCAGUCCCCGUGCCCCCCGCGCCCAGCUCCCCGCCCCCACUCUGGGCUGGCCUGGCCAAGCAGGGGCUGUCCAUGAAGACACUCCUGGAGUUGCAGCUGGAGGGCGAGCGGCAGCUGCACAAACAGCCCCCACCUCGGGAGCCAGCUCGGGCCCAGGCCCCCAACCACCGAGUGCAGCUUGGGGGCCUGGGCACUGCCCCCCUGAACCAGUGGGUGUCUGAGGCUGGGCCGCUAUGGAGCGGGCCAGACAAGAGUGGGGGCGGCAGCAGCGGCCUGGGGCUCUGGGAGGACACCACCAAGAGCGGCGGGAGCCUGGUCCGCAGCCUCGGCCUGAAGAACAGCCGGAGCAGCCCAUCUCUCAGUGACUCGUACAGCCACCUAUCGGGUCGGCCCAUUCGCAAAAAGACAGAGGAAGAAGAGAAGCUGCUGAAGCUGCUGCAGGGCAUCCCCAGGCCCCAGGAUGGCUUCACCCAGUGGUGUGAGCAGAUGCUGCACACACUGAGCGCCACAGGCAGCCUGGACGUGCCCAUGGCUGUAGCGAUCCUCAAGGAGGUGGAAUCCCCCUAUGAUGUCCACGAUUAUAUCCGUUCCUGCCUGGGGGACACGCUGGAAGCCAAAGAAUUUGCCAAACAAUUCCUGGAGCGGAGGGCCAAGCAGAAAGCCAGCCAACAGCGGCAGCAGCAGCAGGAGGCGUGGCUGAGCAGCGCCUCCCUGCAGACGGCCUUCCAGGCCAACCACAGCACCAAACUCGGCCCCGGGGAGGGCAGCAAGGCCAAGAGGCGGGCACUGAUGCUGCACUCAGACCCCAGCAUCCUGGGGUACUCCCUGCACGGAUCUUCUGGUGAGAUCGAGAGCGUGGAUGACUACUGACCAGCCCGGACCCCCAGCCCCUGGGCUGUAGGCCAGGGCGGCUGCGGCGGCAUGGACCGAGGGUCCCAGCCUGCAGGCUCCCCGCAGGGAGCAGAGGAGGAGGCAGGGGCGGGGUCCCCAGCACUUGUUACAAACACACGAUGCACCUUAACUCACCCACCACGAGGCACUUUACAGACUGGGGGAGGGGGUUUUCUUUUUAUUUUUUUUUUUUUAAUUUUAAACGACUUUGAAGAAAAGUUAGGAGAAGCAAAAAUAUUGUUAAAAACUAGACUCUAAACACCCCUUCCCGCUGUGAGGAUAGUGGGUGUGACGAUGGAAGGUCCACAGAGGAUUUUUGUUUUUUGUUUUUUUAAGAAAAAAGAUGAAAAAAUGAAAAAAAAAUGGUUAAGAGGCUGAAAGAAAAAACACACUGUUAUUUUGGGGCAGUGGGGACACAGGCCCCGUGGACCUGUCCUGCCUGGCCCCCAAGGCCACACUUACCCCCCCCCCCGAAGGCGGGCCAUGGGGUAACUGGAGGCUGGGGGCCAGCAGUUUGCACAGGAGGCCUGUCUGAGCCCCGCCCACGGGACCCGCUGUGAGCAGCUCCUUUCACCGGGGCUGGCUGAGGUGUCCGGGGUGGGGCCAAAGUAGCCCCUUGGCUUUGCUGCUUUGGGGGACAGUUGCACAAAUUGGAAGAGCUGCCCCAGCUCUCUGGCUGCCAUCCUGUGCUGGCCGAGUAGAUGGGAGGGACCAGGCCGUGCCAACCUCUCUGGCUGGCAGGGUGGGGCAGCAGGACUCUGACUGUGGCCCUGGUGAGGGGCAUCCCCCACCGCUGCCAUUUUGGGGGACACCCUGGGUUUGAACCUGAAAGCCCCAGCUCUCUGCCUUGCCACGUGAAUGUAUUCUUUGGGCCGCAAGCCCCCACCUCACCCCUGCCUGGCUCCUGCCUCACCUCUGUGAGCGGCGGGGGUGGAUGAUUGCUCCGGAGGCUGCAGAGAGAAGGCUGAGCUGUUUCUCCCGUGAAGGG